CUGACGCCGGCCGAGGCGCCGCGCCGCUGUGGCUGCGGGCAGCGACGGCUGCACCAUGGGCCGGCUGGUGCGGGCCGCUCGGCUGUCGCCGCUGCUGCUCUUGCUGGCCGCGGGAGCGUCCCUGGGUGUGCGUGCGGCUGGGCCUGAUGAGCCAGGCCCAGAGGGCCUCACCUCCACCUCUCUUCUGGACCUCCUGCUGCCCACUGGCCUGGAGCCGCUGGACGCGGAGGAGCCCAGUGAGGCCAUGGGACUGGGGGCGAGCCUGGGAGCCCCUGGCUCGGGCUUCCCCAGCGAAGACAGCGAAGAGUCCCGCAUCCUGCAGCCACCACAGUACUUCUGGGAAGAGGAGGAGGGGCUCAACGACUCCAGUCUGGACCUGGGGCCCACUGCAGACUACGUUUUUCCAGACUUGACUGAGAAGGCGGGUCCCAUAGAAGACACCAGCCAGGGCCAGGAGAUGCCAAGCCCCCCGUCUCCCUUGCCCAAGAUGAACCUGGGGGAGCCGCCCUGGCAUAUGGGUCCCAGAGAGGAGGAAGAAGAGGAGGAGGAGCAGAAGGAGGAGGCGGAGAGGGAAGAGGAGGCGGAGGAGGAACUGCUGCCUGUGAAUGGACCCCAGGAAGCAGCUCAAACUCAGGCCCGUGACUUUGUUCCCACCAGCAGCAGCCAGGCCCCAGGGGCCUCCAAACACAGGCAUGAAGAUUCUGGGGACCAGGCUUCCUCCGGUGUGGAGGUGGGAAGCAGCAUGGAGCCCAGCCUGUUACCACCCUCUGUCACCCUGAGUACAGUGACCCUGGGGGGUCAGGACGUCAUCAGCCAGGAGGCAGGAGGCACAGUGCUGCCGGCCACAGGGCAUGGGGUAGAGUUUGAAGCCCCUCAGGAGGCGAGUGAGGAGGCCACCGUGGGAGCCACGGGGUUGGCAGGCAAGCAGGGGGAGGCGCCGUCCUUGGCUUCAUUCCCUCAAAUGGAAGCUCCCAGCGGGGCUGAGGCCCCCGAUGAAGACUCCCUCUAUCCCGGAGACUCAGCCCCUUUCCCACUGGCCCCCCGAAGCAUGGAACUGACACCUUCCUCUGCUACUGUGGGGCAAGAAGACCUCAGCCAGCAGCCCCAAGAAGGGCAGGCUGCUGAAGUUCAGUCCAGAAUACCCUGGGAUUCUACUCAGGUGAUCUGCAAAGAGUGGAGCAACCUGGCUGGGAAAAACUACAUCAUUCUGAACAUGACCGAGAACAUAGACUGUGAGGUGUUCCGGCAGCACCGGGGGCUGCAGCUCCUGGCCCUGGUGGAGGAGGUGCUGCCCCGCCACGGCAGUGGCCGGCACGGGGCCUGGCACAUCUCCCUGAGCAAGCCUAGUGAGAAGGAGCAGCACCUCCUGAUGGCCUUAGUGGGCGAGCAGGGGGUGGUGCCCACUCAAGAUGUCCUCUCCAUGCUGGGUGACAUCCGCAGGAGUCUGGUGGAGAUUGGCAUCCAGAACUACUCCACGACAAGCAGCUGCCAGGCACGGGCCAGUCAGGCUCGCAGUGACUACGGGACACUGUUUGUGGUGCUGGUGGUCAUUGGUGCCAUCUGUGUCAUCAUCAUCGUGCUGGGCCUGCUCUACAACUGCUGGCAGCGCCGGCUGCCUAAGCUCAAACAUGUGGUCACAGGCCGGUUCCUGGGCGUGUGCCUGCAGUUGUCCGGCGGGUGGGGGCCGGGGCGGCGGCGCUCGCCCAGCGGCCCUCUUCCACCGCCGCAGUCGCAUGGCGAGGAGCUGCGCUUCGUAGAGAACGGCUGCCACGACAACCCCACGCUGGACGUGGCCAGCGACAGCCAGUCGGAGAUGCAGGAGAAGCAGCCCAGCCUGAACGGCGGCGGGGCUGUCAACGGCCCGGGGGGCUGGAGCGCGCUCAUGGGGGGCAAGCGGGACCCCGAGGACUCGGACGUGUUCGAGGAGGACACGCACCUGUGAGGGCGGCUUCGACCCGCUGCACCCCCAAGGCCAUAUGCCCUCGCCCCGCAGAGGCUGCGCCGGGACGAGCAGGGCGGCCCCGGAGCAGAAGCCACGCCUCCCCUCCCUUCCCGGCCUCGGCCGCCCCCCGCAGCCUGGCCCUGGGUGCGGGGCCUCCUGCUUCCCACCGACUCACAAAACAGCCUCGGCACAGCCCUCCCACCCCAGUGACGCCCCAGGGGCCGGCCCCGGAACCCCAUUAAACCCGCCCGGAGACCCCGCCGGGCCCAGCCCGU